CAGAAAAAAUUUAAAAUUUCAAGAAGUCUUUUAAAUCAACUAAAAUGGACAAUGACAUAUUAGAAAGAUUAAAUAAAUUAUUUCCAUGUCGAGAAAAACAAUUACUAACUUUAAACCAUCUUAUAGGAAAUGUCGACGAAAUAUUACCUGAAUGUAUUUUCAUAUACGGAAACACAAGCACUGGAAAAACAACAAUCAUUAAACGUUUUCUCUCAGAAAACAAUACAAAUCAUGUUAUAGUUAACUUAAUCGAAUGUUUUAGUAAUAAGCUAAUUUUCGAAUCAAUUCUGAAUAAAUUCACAAAUCAUUCACUUGCAUCAAAUGCAUACAAACCUUUUGUAAAAUGUGACAAUGUUUAUGAUUUUACUACAGAAUUAAUCAAAGCUAACGAAGAUGAUGGCGAUUUAACACCAUUCAUCAUAGUUUUAGAUAAAGUCGAAAGAUUGCGUUCGAACGAAUUACUUCUAUCUGUAUUUUUACGUCUACAGGAAAUAACAAAAUUAAAUAUCUGUAUUAUAAUGUUAUCUGAUAUUAUUUUCGAACACUUUUUUCCAACUUCGUUAAAAUCUCCAAUUAAAGUAUAUUUUCCUCAUUAUACGAAAGAUGAAUUAUUAACGAUUUUAACCCUUAAUUUCGAACAUGAAAAACGAUACAUCGAAAAUGAAUUCAAUCAACCGUUCGAUGUAAACAUUAAUUUUUAUAAAAAUUAUAUAAAUAUUGUACUAUCUGUUUUCUAUCGAGCAUGUCGUGAUAUUUCUGAAAUUAAGUAUGUCGUUCAUUUAAAUCUUAAACAUUAUUGUGAGCCAGUAAUAAAUAAAAAACUCGAUGAAAAUGAUGUUUCUAGUUUAUGGCAGAGCGAUUUUAGUUUAAAAGAAUCGAAAAAUGAUGAUGAAUUAAAUAGAAAUAUUGCUAUUACCUUAGAAUUACCAUUUUAUGCGAAAUAUUUAUUAAUUGCUGCGUAUUUAGCUAGUUAUAAUCCAAUUAAAGAGGAUAAACGAUUGUUUAUGAAAUAUCAUGGUAAGAAACGAAAUAAUAAAAAACGAAUCGAUUCAAAACAAAAUAUUGCAGAAAAAACAAAUUUAAUGUUAGGUCCAAAAAUGUUUACUCUGGAUCGUUUGUUAGCUAUUUUUUAUGCAAUUAUUGAUGAACAAGUGCCUUUAACUAGUAAUUUGUUAGUACAGCUAUCAAGUUUAGUUGAGCUAAAAUUGUUAAAUUUAGUUGGUAAUGAUAUUGAUUUAACUAAUCAUAAGUAUCGAUGUUUAGUUGCGUAUGAGUUCAUCGAAACUAUUUCGAAAAUGGUGGGAUUUAAUAUUCGAAAAUAUUUGUUCGAUAUGAAAUAAUCUCAUUUUUUAUUUAUGUAAUUUUGUGUUAAUCAUAACUUUAAUAGAGUGGCCACAAAUCGGUAAAAUUGGGAAUUAUCAGGGAUUUUUAUUAUAAUGAAAAUCAGUAUCAAAAAAUGUUCACUAA